AUGACAACCCUAUACCAACAAAGCGUUCCUGUGCUGGUCAAGUACCUCAAGAACUUGUCCUUCAUGCUCCAGAAGGGUGCCAAGUUCUGUGACGAUAAGGAAAUGAAGCAUGAAGACCUUCUUACAUACCUCCAAUCCUGCUCCAACACAGCCAAAUUCCUCGCCUCCCGUCUCGGCGCACAAAACAUUCCCACAUUCGAAGACGACGAGCAAACAUUCGAACAGCUCCAAGCACGCAUCGCCCGCACAAUUGAGGUUCUGGAGGGUGUAGACCCUGAAGUCAUCAACGGUAAAGAGAAUGAGGAGAUUAUAAUGGAGAGUAAGAUGGGAAACUUCCGCUUCACGGGCCAGCGAUACGUGAGCGAAUAUGUAAUCCCCAAUUUCCACUUCCACCUCACAAGUGCAUAUUGCAUCAUGCGCACACAGGGCGUUCCAUUGGGUGCGUUUGACUACCUGAAGGAUGUUUUUGAGAAGGUUUAG